CAGUUAAACAGCGAAAGAUACAAUCUGAGGUUAAGAAAACAGACAAGCAUCAGUAUUUUCCAGGGAGUCUCCAUUAUUUCUGGCUUGGGGUCUCUAAUGGUAUUUCAUUGUAAUUGCUAUGAUGUCAUAGUGUCCGUCCGCCCUUAAUGGCCUUCUAAAAACAACAACAAGCCCGGAUUGCUCCCAUUCACUGGAUGGUCCCGGCAGGAAGACACCACAGUCCAGCUGCUCACAUCUUCACCAGAUCUUCACAUGAAAAGCAUGCACCUCCACCCUCUCCCUCUCUCCUUGCUCGUCCUGGCUGCAGGGGCGGCCAUGGUGUGCGCGGCCCUGACCACAACGCUGCACGAUUUCCGAGGCUGCGCGGUGCGAGAGUUCACCUUCGUGGCCCAGAAGCCCGGCUGCAAGGGGCUGCGCGUCACCACCGAGGCCUGCUGGGGGCGCUGCCACACCUGGGAGGUAACCCCACGCCAACCCAACACACUCCAAUCGAAGCCGCUGCUGAGACCCGUGCCGGAUCCGCCGUACAUCCAGCGCCACCACCGCGUGUGCACGUACAGCCGAACCCGCCACGUGACUGUCCGCCUGCCGGGCUGCCAGCCCCACGUUUCCCCUCUCUACCACUACCCCAUGGCUCUGCACUGCCACUGCGCCGUCUGCUCCACGCAGGACACCGAGUGUGAAACCUUCUGACCGACAGCAGGGUGUGGCUUCAAGUGUUCUUACC